AAUGUCGUUGGUCCUUCCUUCAUCAUUGCGUCACGGCCGCCGAGUUCCAGCAGGUGCGACGGAGUACGGAGAAAGAACGCUUGUCGGAGUAGGACGACCUGCUGCAUUGGGAAGCAACGUACUAUGUACACGGAGGCAGGCUCAGACAGGCUCAGACAUGCUCAGACAAGCUCUACAGUGGUGGUUGUCCUGUCUUGUGCCUGUCUCGCUCAGGUUUUGGGGACCGUCUUUUUGACGAUCCACGUCAGAAGAGGGAAUAGGGAAGAGGGAAAAUGGGCAAGCGUGUCCGGUACUGGAAACUCAAAGUGGUUGAUGUAAUACGAAGCAAUCGGAGGGUUUCACCGGUCCCGAUUGCUAGUGAUGAGCGGAAAACUAGCGGGGGUAGAAGAAGGGAAGCACCACGACAACAUGUAGAGUCCUUCAAGAAAAGAAGGGAUCAUCUGUCCCCUCCUCCGGCGGCAUCGCGCUAGAUAAUAGUGAUCGAUGAUAUAUUUACGGCACCAUUAAGGAAUAUUGUGCCGUUGUUGCAGAAGGAGGGGAGGACAUGCGAGAGGGGGAAGCUAAUCUAUCUGGCAUUUGGGACAGACAGGCCAAUGCAUGUUUCCAAUGC